CGAAUGCACUUUAUCCCGAACCAAAGAAUAUACUACCCGAACUAAAAAUAAAAAUAAGAGCAAUAAAAUUUAUUACAGAUUAGUAUUUUACUUAUUAUGUUUCUUGGAAUAUAAUGUAACCAAGUACAUGGCAAAUUUGUAUUAUUAUUCAACAUAGAGGUGGAGUGACUACGCAAAAUGCCGAGAAUAAGAAGAUUUUAUAGCGACGACGAGACGGGUGAAGUCGUGACAUACCAUGUCAAUGAUGAGACCGGGGAGCCAGUACUGCCACAGAAUACUCCUUUCAUGCGUAUACGAGCACCAAAUCUCAGGGUACACAAUAAAAUUAAGCAAAUAAAAUUUUCCAAAGGUUACAUGACUAAGACAAAAAAAUUCGAAUCCCUCAAAGCCAACAUUAUUGCCGGCUCCCACACCUUCAGUAAUAGGUUGCUCCUUAUACCUGCUGCGGCAUUUUUUCCAAAUCUUGCAUGCGUAUUGCUAAUGAUCCUAGAAAUAUUCCUACAUGUCCAGUGUCACAAAAAGAACAAGAGUCUUAAAGAUUCAAAGUCGUAUUAUCGCAGUCCUUUUCACAUAAUAACCAGUGUGUUUUGUGGUGUUUGCCGUGACAGUGAUGCUGCAUCUAAGAUAGGGCAACUGCAAGAUGAAAGGCGUCAUCGUUACGAUUAUAUUAGGGGAAUGGCUUUGUGAAACCUUCAUUUAUACUUUGUUUCCUGCGUAUAUAUUAGUUAUAAAUGUGAAAGAGAGUUGUAAUUUGUAAAAAGAUCUAACACUCUGAAGAUUUAAUUUAAUUCAAUCAAUAUUAAUGUAAGUUUUCAUACAGAUUACAUAGUAUAUGGAGGACAUUGGCUAUUAAUGAAACAUUAAUAUUAUUGUCCAUAAUUUUUUUCAAACUUCUAAUAUUCAGUUGUGAGUAAAAAUUAGUAUUAUGUAAAAAAAUAUGAAAUAUGAUUUAUUUGGUAUAGUAAAGAGUUUAAGCAAUAAGUCUUUUGUGAUACAAAUGUGUCUUAAUUAUAAUACUGACUAAAUGAGUGAAAUUAGGGCAUUAAUUUUCAUAAGGUAGUAUAAUAGAAUAUCUUUCCUGAAAUAGGCUGUGUCCUAUCCCAGAAAAGUCAUUCCGUCAUCAAAAGGAGCAUUGGUCUUGAUCUCAAUUAUUCAAAAUUGAAAGCAAAGGUUUGUCUCCUCAGGCUAAUGUAUACUAAAUUGUGUGUAACUGGUACAAUCUGUAGGCACAAG